GGGGCGGCGGGCGCUGCGCACAGCCCGGGUCCCCUCUGCGAAGGGCGGAAGGCCGGAGGGCGGCAGCGCCAUGCCCGGCCCGGCAGCGCCGGGGCCCGGCCCCGACCCGGAGGAGAGCUACGAUUUCCUCUUCAAGCUGGUGCUCAUCGGGGACGCCAGCGUGGGCAAGACCUGCCUUGUGCAGCGCUUCAAGACCGGGGCCUUCGCCGAGCGCCAAGGCAGCACCAUUGGCGUGGACUUCACCAUGAAGAGCCUGGAGAUCCAGGGCAAGCGGGUGAAGUUGCAGAUCUGGGACACAGCUGGCCAGGAGAGAUUCCGCACUAUCACACAGAGUUACUACCGCAGCGCCAAUGGAGCAAUCCUGGCCUAUGACAUCAGCAAGAGAGGCUCCUUCCUGUCCAUUCCUCGCUGGAUCGAGGAUGUGAGGAAGUAUGCUGGUUCCAACAUAGUACAGCUGCUGAUCGGAAACAAGUCUGACCUAAGUGACCUUCGAGAGGUUCAGCUGGAGGAAGCUCAGAGUCUGGCUGAACACUAUGAUAAUAUCAUCUGUGCCAUAGAGACCUCUGCGAAAGACUCCAGCAAUGUGGAGGAGGCUUUUGUGAAGAUGGCUACAGAGCUCAUGAUGAGGCAUGGAGGCCCUAUGUUCAGUGAGAAGAAUACUGACAGCAUCAAGCUUGACAGCAAAGACGUUGCAGAAGGCUGGGGGUGUGGUUGCUGAUAUGAGCUAGGUGAUGUCCCUGACUUUACUGGAAUUUAGAUGGUGCUUCACCCUAAUGCUGAGUAGCAUGGUAGCCAUAUCCUCCUCCUCCUGUGAAACCAGCAGUUAUGUAGAAGUUAGACACAAUCCUGUUUGCUUUGGUUUCUUAGUUUUAAAAAGUGACUCUUGAGAGGUAGUCCUAAAAGUCAAACCCUCUGAAAAACGUUCCAUCUCCACCAUCUCCUUUUCUGUAACCUUCACCCGAGUUACAAAAGUGGAAGAAACAACUUGGAACUGGUGAUGUGGGGUAGGGAGGCAGAUGGUUGGGGAAGAGGCUGACACACACCCAGAGUUCUGAAGCAUUUAGCACGGGACUGUUGGCAAAGGAGGUCACUUUUGGAAUAGGCAGUCUUAACAGUGACUGUAAAUCCUCAGCACUCCACCAAUGACCAGAAAGUGCCAGUGUCUUUGAUAAAGGUAUUUCAAGUGCUAGAAUCCCCAGCAUUUUGAUUACAGGACCAGAAAGCAGUCACCAUGCCCUAGGGCAUGUGAAUUGCUGAUUCACACUGGGACAGGCCCAGGUGGGGAAGUCUUUUCUCAGGUUUUGUUAGAAUUUUACCUUAUCAAGUUAACAAAAAGCAAGAUCAGCCUGAGCAGUAUCACAGAAGUUGCGGUCAAACAGGACUGAACCAGUGUAGUUAUUUUAAAUACAGCCUUGAGAAGAGGGUAGACGCAUUUCAUUUGUUCUUGUUUGCACAGUGAUAGCUCCCUUUUCCAAGUGGGUAUCAUUGAGUUUUUUCCCUCAGGUUUCUUAAUUUCAUUCCACAACUCAAGACCUGCGCCACUGGAAAGAGGAACUGGAGAAACCUUGAACUGACUGGUAGCCAUGAUCUCCUGCCAUGUGCCUAAUGGUCAUUAACAGGGUUCAUUCUGGUCAUAUAUUUGACAUAAUGUUACCAGAGUGUUUAUUGCUUAAGUGGUAUAAGUGGAUUUAAUUUUUGCUUUGGAUUCGGGUUUUGCUUUUUGGGUGUUUUUAAACCAUCUCUUUAAAAACAAUCUUGGCAUAUAAUGAGAAAGAAGACCUCUGAAGAGCUGAAAACUGCAUGCAUUGCAACUUCUUGGGUUUAAGAAACAGCACCUUUUCAAGUAAUUCCCUCCCAACUUUGCACUCAGCUGCUUCCCUCUCCCUGUCAGAAAUUACCGGUUCCUUUUCAUUCCUUGAAAACACUCAUCAGGAAGAAUCUUUCACUGUUGAUCAAAGGUCUACACUGUUAAGUUAAAUAGAUUUAGUAAUACAACUCCAUAUAGUUGUCUUUCAGAUUCAGCUCUGUAUUACACAUUGUAGGUGCAGGUGAAGUACUGAUGGCAGCAGUCCUUUCUGGACUUACACUCUCCAGCACCUUACAAAAAUGGACUUGCAAAGAGAGCAGAAGCAGGAUUAUUUUAACUCUGUGAUUAAAGCAAAGGCGUUCAGAGUGACAAGUGAUUUUUGCAGUCCUGAUGCUUUAAAGGAGCUCGUUUUCAGAAAGCACGCAUUUAAGGUGAAGUCACAUCCUGUUGGAAAAUCUUGAUCAAAGCGGACCUGGAUUGGUUUGCUACUAGAGCUACACUAGUUUUUAGCCAUUUAACAUAUCCAGUAUCAUGAAAAUCAGGAAGUUUUAAGAAAGGGCUAAUGGAUCAAUGGGCUAAUUUCAAUACUGUUCAUCCUGCAACAGAAAAUAUGGAACCAUUCUUUGGUCUUUUUGGGUUUUUAAACUCUGAGGUAGCCAAUUGAGGCAUAACGUAUGCUUUAUAGCCUUCUUGCUUCUAAUCUAAGGCGUUAGUUUUCAAGUUUUAUAGUUGUGAGAUUGAAAGGGCCUUAAAUUUUUCAAUUAGUAUAGUUUUCACAAUUGUAAUGUUUUAUACAGAAGGGCAGGUUGAGCUGCAGUACUUAGGAGUAUUUUUGAUAGUUUUCCAAGACAUUCCAAGCUCUCCUACAUCCAAAGACCACAGGCAGGAAGUGUCCAGCAGUAGCUAGACACUGAAAAUGGGAAUUACCCAUACUCUGGAUUUGUUAGUGAUUAGCAAACCCUGUAUUCUGCUCCUGAAGACAGUCCAAGCUAAAACUCAGUCCUGAUGAAUGCUUUUCUUCCUGGUUAGUUGGUCCUGAAGAUCCAGGAUACUAGCAAGCAUUUGACUUUGUCAUGCCAUAUUCUAGUUUACAUCUGUAGGUAACAGUCCUGCAGGUCAGCAUGCUUGAACAUAGACCCUCAGAUAAGCUCCCACUGUUUGCAGGAUUAGUGCCAAAUUAUUUAAGCCAUGCUGAUAAAGAUUCACAUGCAUUGAAGAACGGUACUGCUAGUAAGAUUGAAAUUAGUAGUUUACAUAGUAACUCAUUUUACAACUGGAACAAGAUGCAAAAUGAACAUAAAUCCUGCUUGCAAUGCAGUCAGUGAAUGUGCAUUUAUAAUAGAUAGAGAACUGAGGAACUGUUGAUCCAUUUCCUUAGUUUUCAGGUUUGUUUAGUAGACAAGUAGAAUUAGACCAAGCGCUGUAAUUUUCCUUACCAUUUGCCCCCAUAUAUUCCUUAAGGUAGUCUUGAAGGCUGAGACUCUGUCUACAUGUUAGUCUGUUCCAGUCAGAAAACAUAAGAUACAGCAUCAGUGAUUUGUUUGCUGUAUUUCUGAGUGAAUGCACCAAUUCAGAUCAGGUUUCAUUUUGUUGUAGAAAACUACGACUAUGGCUUUAAGUCAGCUUUGUCUUCUAACUCUUGGCUCUUCUAUGUUGUAACAAGUGCAAUACAAGUUUGCAUGCCCUGCCUAAUGGAACACAAGGGAACAAAGAAACAGCCUGAAGACUUGGUUUAUUUUUUCAGGUUAGCAGCAGUUAUGAAUGACAGUGCUUUGGCUGUCAGUAGUAAAAAGCUUAUUUCAAUUACCAAAGCCUUACAAUACUCACUAGGCUGAUAGCUUCUUGGCCAGAAAUAAAUUAGUAAAUGUAACUUGGAGCUUUUCACUGUCCUUCUGAAGACUUCUAUUAAAUGUGUAAUUCAAGUGUUAGGAAGAUAGUCCUGUUGGUUUAAUUCCAUUAAUCCUCUUGAAACCAAAAGUAUACCAGGGUGAGGAGAGAGAGUAGCAAUAAACCUGGGAUUUAGGGGUAAAAACCUCUCUUUGAAACCUUAGGGUACAAGUGCACACUGCCAUACAGCGAGUGAAUAAUUCAGGAGUGCAUGAGCAGAGUUCACAGCAUCAACAUUUGCCAAGAAACCUGGUUACUGGCAGUUGAAUAUUAACAAGACUAGGUUGCAGUAAUUGCUUUUAAGCAGAUCUCCUUGGCUGACCAUGUAUUUGCGUUAGUAUUUAUCAUUUAUUUUUGGCAAUGCCCAAAGUGUGCAAAAUAUUACAAAGACACAGAAGGGGACAUUAAUCCCUGCCUUGUAACUCUUAGGAGUGGAACGCAGAGGCAAAUACUGAACUGAAAUAAUCAGCAGAAUGUGGUUCCCAGGAGUGUUCUGCAUUGUUAUCCUCUGGACUGAUUUUGAUUUAAACUAAUCUUAUCUGCAGUUACUCAUCCAGUCCAUCACCAAGGAUGGAACUUGCACAGGUAUUUAGAAUUAUGUAAAUAUAACACCAAAGAAACCUCAGCCCAGAAACCUGCUAACAUUUACUUCGCAAAACAAAAUGAACAGAACCUAAGUCCUAAUGAUUUUAUCACUUUCUCAGCAGUGGAAAGCAGGUCCCUUUUACAGGGGGUAGAACUACAAAACUAAAUUAAGCCCAGAUAAUGCCCAUAGAUUUCUAAGAACUUAAUGAAAAUGAGAGCUCAUGCUCAGUCUUUUCUUUGCCUUUAAAGAUCGUAUUUAUUUGAAGAAUAGAGCUGACCAUUACACGCACUAUACCUGUGUUGCUGCAGUAGUACUUUACAGUAUGUAUACACACACAGUAACACCCUUAAAUAACAUUAAAGCCUUUCUGUCACCUACCCCAGUAUACCCUGUCCCAUUAAGAUUUACACCUGUGUUAUUGAAUCUCAGAGCCCCAGCCAGUUGACCAUUUGAAUGUCUUUUGCCAUCUCAUGCCAAUCCUGAGGGAUCUGGGAGGUAGCAUUAUUAGUUUCUCUUCAUGGGAUUGUUUUACUCAAAUAAUGAAAGUCUCUUUAAAUCAAUAUUAAUUUGUGUGUUACUUCAUGAAUAGAAAUGGUUUUAUCUUUACCUGUCCUGCUUCCAAAACAUUUAUAUGUUAACAGAGCACUGAAUUUUACCCUCUUCCAUUAUUUUGGGUAAACAGUGUGCUGGAGGAAAAUGAAGUGAGAACAGUAACUGCUUUGUGAAACUGAAAAAUAAAGUUACUCUCCUUUUGGUAUCUUCCA